CCUAGGUGAUCCCGAGCUGGUGAGGUGCCUUCUGGACUCAGCUUGGAGGCAGCACUCGCCUGCAAAAAUCUGGGUGGUGGGGAGCCCAGGCUUCCACCCCAAGCCACCAAGGGCGAUUCCAGCCUGGCCCUGCCCCUUACUCUGAACCUCCACCCCUGCCCUUCCUCUGCUCCAAGCCAGGCAGGCAGGGAGGCGGGAGGCAAGCUAGCUCAGGAACCCAAACCUGUCAGGCAGGUUUUGAGAGCUGUGGAGAGAUUGACAGAGGCUGGAGAAGGAUGCACGGCCUUCCCUGGGCUUGCCUGUUCCCUCCUGAGUCUGAGCGCCUUACCUUCCCGACCCCAUGAGGCACGCACGGGCUCUGCUGGCUCCCCUGCUGGGCCUGGGCCUGGGCCUGGGCCUGGCCCUGAGUCAGCUGGCGGCGGGGGCCACAGACUGCAGGUCUAUCGGCCAGGCAGAGCACCUGGCAUUCACCCCAGCAGCCAGAGCCCGGUGGCUGGCCCCUCGAGUUCGUGCUCCAGGGCCCCUGGACUCCCUCUAUGGGACUGUGCGCCGCUUCCUCUCCGUGGUGCAGCUCAAUCCUUUCCCUUCAGAGUUGGUAAAGGCCCUGCUGAAUGAGUUGGCCUCGGUGAAGGUGAAUGAGGUGGUGCAGUAUGAGGCAGGCUACGUGGUGUGUGCUGUGAUCGCGGGCCUCUACAUGCUGCUGGUGCCCGCCACCGGGCUCUGCUUCUGCUGUUGCCGUUACCACCGGCACUGCGGGGGCCGAGUGAAGACAGAGCACAAGGCACUGGCCUGUGAGCGCACGGCCCUCAUGGCCUUCCUGCUGCUGACCACCCUCGUGCUGCUGAUUGGCGUGGUCUGUGCCUUCGUCACCAACCAGCACACGCAUGAACAGACGGGCCCUAGUAUCGAGGCCGUGCCUGAGACCUUGCUCAGCCUCCAGGGCCUGGUCUCCAAUGUCCCCCAAGAGCUGCAGGCCAUGGCACAGCAGUUCUUCCUGCCCCAGGAGCGAGUCUUGGAGGAGCUGGAUGGUGUCGGGGUGAGCAUCGGGAGUGCGAUCCAUACUCAGCUCAAGAGCACCAUGUACCCCUUGCUGGCAGCUGUGGGCAGCUUGGGCCAGGUCCUGCAGGUCUCCAUGCACCACCUGCAAGCCUUGAAUGCCACAGUGGUGGAGCUGCAGGCUGGGCAGCAGGACCUGAAGCCAGCCAUCCGGGAACACCGGGACCGCCUUGUCGAGCUGCUGCAGGAGUCUGGGUGCCAGGGAGACUGUGCAGGGGCCCUGAGCCGGGCCCGCACCCUGGAGCUGGCUGCUGACUUCAGCCAGGUGCCCUCUGUGGACCAUGUGCUGCACCGGCUAAAGGGUGUCCCCGAGGCCAACUUCUCCAGCAUGGUCCAGGAGGAGAACGGCACCUUCAAUGCCCUUCCAGCCCUGGCUGCCAUGCAGACGGCCAGCGUGGUACAAGAGCUGAAGAAGGCAGUGGCCCAGCAGCCAGAAGGGCUGAGGACGCUGGCUGAAGGGUUCCCGGGCUCGGAAUCGGCUUCCCACUGGGCCCAGGCUCUGCAAGAGGUGGAAGAGAGCAGCCGCCCCUACCUGCAGGAGGUGCAGAGAUACGAGACCUACAGGUGGAUCGUGGGCUGUGUGCUGUGCUCAGUGGUCCUGCUCGUGGUGCUCUGCAACCUGCUAGGGCUCAACCUGGGCAUCUGGGGCCUGUCUGCCAGGGAAGACCCCAGCCACUCAGAAGCCAAGGGCGAAGCUGGAGCCCGCUUCCUCAUGGCAGGUGUGGGCCUCAGCUUCCUCUUCGCUGCCCCCCUCAUCCUCCUGGUGUUUGCCACCUUCCUGGUGGGUGGCAAUGUGCAGACACUGGUGUGCCGGAGCUGGGAGAGCGGUGAGCUCUUUGAGUUUGCAGACACCCCAGGGAACCUGCCCCCAUCCAUGAACCUGUCGCACCUUCUCGGCCUGAGGAAAAACAUCAGCAUCCACCAAGCCUAUCGGCAGUGCAAGGAAGGGGCAGCACUCUGGACAGUCCUGCAGCUCAAUGACUCCUACAACCUGGAGGAGCACCUGGAUAUCAGCCAGUAUACGAACAAGCUACAGCAGGAGUUGCAGAGCCUGAAAAUAGACACACAGAGCCUGGACCUGCUGAGCUCAGCCGCCCGCCGGGACCUGGAGGCCCUGCAGAGCAGUGGGCUCCAGCACAUCCACUACCCCGACUUCCUUGUUCAGAUCCAGAGACCCGUGGUGAAGACCAGCACAGAGCAGCUGGCCCAGGAGCUGGAAGGACUGGCCCAGGCCCAGGGCAAUUCUUUGCUGGGGCAGCGGCUGCAGGAGGAGGCCCACGGACUCAGAAACCUCCACCAGGAGAAGGUUGUCCCCCAGCAGAGCCUUGUGGCAAAGCUCAACCUCAGCGUCAGGACCCUGGAGUCCUCUGCUCCGAAUCUCCAGCUGGAAACCUCAGAUAUCCUAGCCAAUGUCACUUACCUGAAAGGAGAGCUGCCUGCCUGGGCCACCAGGAUCCUGAGGAAUGUGAGUGAGUGUUUCCUGGCCCGGGAGAUGGGCUACUUCUCCCAGUAUGUAGCCUGGGUGAGAGAGGAGGUGACUCAGCGCAUCGCCACCUGCCAGCCCCUCUCUGGAGCCCUAGACAACAGUCGUGUGAUCCUAUGUGACAUGAUGGCUGACCCUUGGAAUGCCUUCUGGUUCUGCCUGGCAUGGUGCACCUUCUUCCUGAUCCCCAGCAUCAUCUUUGCUGUCAAGACCUCCAAAUACUUCCGUCCCAUUCGGAAACGCCUCAGCUCCACCAGCUCUGAGGAGACUCAGCUUUUCCACAUCCCCCGGGUCACCUCUCUGAAGCUGUAGGGCCCCAUGGGAUCACAUGGGACAUCUGUGGAGCUGCAGAGCCAGCAGUCCCUCCAGGUGUCUACCCCUCACCCUCCUGCUGCAGAACAUCCUCACAGGAAGAGCCUGUUCUCCGCCUGCUGGAGCCUGGUCCCCGGGGCGAGACAGAGGCCUGGUCCAACCUCACUCCCCUUCCCAUGUGUCCUCCCCUGCCAAGCCUCCCUCUGCCCUUCUCAAGCUCUUUGCCCUCCCCAUUCUCAUCUGGCCUCCCCCCAGCCCCUACUUCCCUCUUAUGCCCUUCCCGGCUUUUUACUUCCUGCAAGGAUGUCCUUUUCUCCCUUUGUCCCCUCUUCCCCUUAUCCCCACUGCUACCUUGCUGGCCCUAGGGACCAUCCUGCCCAACCAAACCACUCAGGUAACGCCACUUAUCAGGCAGGGGUCACCAUGGCUGAGGUCUGGGCUAGCUGCAGGCCCUGCCCCAUGGCCCCUGAGCCCUCCACUGCCCCAAGGCCUUGGGCCCUCUGCAGUUCCCAGCCUGGAUUUAUUGGUGCCCAGUGAGGUGAGGGAGGCCUGUCUGAAGGCUGAGCCUCCCUGACUGCACUCAGGUUAGAAAUGGGUGUGCUGGCACUUAGCUCCUCUCUGAGUACUGGCUCCCAAGGAAGGGAUCUGGGACGUGAGCUACACUAGAGGCUCACCCUUAUCUCUUCAGAAGGCUGCAUCUUCCACAGCCCCCACCCAGCUUUCUCAGGAGGCAUCUUGUAGCCAGAACAGGAUUUUGCACUACCCCUUCUAUCCUGCGCAUGUGGCCUGGGGCCAUCCCCAGCCCAUCUCUGUGUCAGCUCUGAGUGCUGUAUGCUGUAUUCCAGAAAUGAGAAAGAAGAGAGAGAAGAGAUAGACAGACCUCAGAUCCAUUAAAGUGUUCUCACUUCCCUGAGCUUUGGUUCUGGGUCCUUAAAACCAGGUUUCCCAGGCUGGUUCCCUGUACUCAGUUGGUGUUUAAUGAGUGUUUAUGGAGAGGAGAGUUCUAAGGUCUCCUCUGGCUGCAGGCAUCCAGGGGUUAUUCCAGCAAUCUGCAGUUGGAGAGUAGGUCCCAGCCUGGGAGCCUACUGUCAGGAGCAGGCAGACCCAGACUCACAGCCUGGCUGUGAUGCUUGUUCACUCAGCUUCUCCACUUAUAAGGUGGGAGAAUAGUCACAGCUCCCUCAAAGUGUUGUGAAAUCAAGUGUGAUAAUUCAUGGAAAGCCCUUGGCAGGGCCUGGCACACAAAAAAAAAAAUGCUCAGUAUAUGGAAGCUGCCUAUUGUUAUUAUUGUUGCUGCUGUUGUUUGCCAUGACUGCUCUGGGCCAGGGGUAGAGCUAGCAUCUGGGCAGGUACAAGAUAAAAGGGAGACAGGCCCCUAUUUAAAGGCAGAAGGUCUUUUAAGAUGGUUGUCUGCUGGGUUUCAGGAUGUGUCUGUUUUUGUUUGUUUUGAGACAGGGUCUUGCUCUGUUGCUCAGGCUAGAGUGCAGUGGUGAAAUCUUGGCUCACUACAACCUCCACCUCCUGGGCUCAAGCAAUUCUCAUGCCUCAGCAUCCUGAAUAUCUGGGACUACAGGUGCAUGCCACUAUGCCUGGCUAAUUUUUGUAUUUUUUGUUGAGAUGGGGUUUUACCAUGUUGCCCAGGCUGGAAAUGUCUAUGUUUAACUGCAUCUUAUAAACCAUCAAGUUUUUCUACUAAGAAUUAGAAUGGUUCAUGCGCAAUGUAUUAUUACUACUGUCAGAUGAGCAUCCUUGAAUGUAGCACGACUGCCUCGUUUUCGCUUUUCCUAGAAGUAUUUUUUGCUGGUUAAUCAUCUGUUGACUUAUGUGGGGGAAGUAGCACCCUUCCAUUUUAAAAAUGAAAUUUAUGGGAUUACAAAUGGAAUAUAAACAAUUUUUUAAAAGA